CUCGACGUUGCAUGCUAAUAUUUCAAAGAUGUCAUUUUCUUUUCAUUGAGGUAGCUAAGCUAAAUAACCAGUUAGCUAGCCUCCAGCCUGCUGGUUAUUUAGACCAACCAAUGUCAGUUAAGCUGCUUUGCUGAGCUUACCACAUAUAUUGAAUGUCUACUGUCAAAACUGUAUAAUUACGCUACAGUUAAAAUCAUUUCAUGCACGCUAACUACAUUCAUUUCUGGCUUCUGCUGCAGACUAGCUAACCUAACGUUAGCUAAAAAGAAACGACAAAAUGACUGUAGCUACAAUAUUGGCUACUAGCUAGCAUGAAUGCAGGCAAACGUUAGCUUGCUAGCUAAAUUACAGCUCGUUUAUGGAUCCCGCAGAGAUGCAGCGCUAGAUGAAAGAGCCAAUGACUGGAAUAGACUGAUUCCCACUCCUCUCUUCAAAGAUGUCAAAGAGACCAUCCUAUGCCCCUCCCCCUCCCCCUGCCCCCACGACUCAAAUGCCCAACACUACCGGGUUUGUGGGGUACAACCCAUACAGCCAUCUGGCCUACAACAACUACAGACUGGGAGGGAGCCAAAGCAGCAACAGUCGGGUAACGAAUUCUUCUGGAAUAAAUAUCCCAAAGCCACCCAAGCCACCUGAUAAGCCAUUGAUGCCAUAUAUGAGAUAUAGUCGUAAGGUUUGGGAUCAAGUAAAAGCCUCCAAUCCUGAUCUGAAGCUAUGGGAAAUUGGGAAGAUAAUCGGUGGCAUGUGGAGGGACCUCACUGAUGAGGAGAAACAGGAUUAUUUGAAUGACUACGAAGCAGAGAAGAUUGAGUAUAAUGAGAGCAUGAAGGCCUAUCACAACUCGCCAGCCUACCUGGCCUACGUCAAUGCAAAAAGCCGUGCUGAGGCAGCUCUUGAAGAGGAGAGCCGCCAGAGGCAGUCCAGACUGGACAAGGGCGAGCCUUACAUGAGUAUUCAGCCAGCAGAGGAUCCAGAUGAUUACGACGACGGGUUUUCCAUAAAGCACUCGGCAGCAGCUCGUUUCCAACGCAACCACCGUCUGAUCAGUGAGAUUCUAAGUGAGAGCGUAGUCCCAGAUGUGCGGUCAGUUGUUACCACUGCUCGCAUGCAGGUCCUCAAACGUCAGGUCCAGUCUUUGAUGGUACACCAGAGAAAGCUGGAGGCAGAGUUGCUUCAGAUUGAAGACCGCCACCAAGACAAGAAAAGAAAAUUCAUCGAAGCCACAGAGUCAUUCACAAAUGAGCUCAAAAGGCUGUGCUGUAUGAAAGUGGAGGUGGACAUGGAGAAGAUUUCUGCAGAGAUUGCUGCAGCAGAAGAGGCAGCCCGCAAACGGAUGGCAGAGCGUGAGAAGGAUUCAGGAGACCGAGGUGCAAGAGAGGCCCCCACCUGUGUCUUAGCAGAAGAAGAAAAACACAUUUGUGCAACACAUGGUAGCAAGUCCCAGCAAAAUUCUCUCAGUGAAAGUAGCAACAAGGAAGGCGAGGACACAGAAUCCAACGACACAGAUACACCAGGGAAGCCGAAGGCCUCAGAGGAGCUUGAGGCCCAUCCAGGAAGUGAGGAAGGGGCAUCAGAGGACAAGGAGAGUGUCCCAGAGGGAGCCAUGGAGGAGGGAACCAGUGACAGUAACACAGGCUCAGAGACCACCUCUGCUCAGACAGAAGAUGCCCCGACUAGUGAGCCAUCAGAGGGGCCCAGCAGAGCAAGAGCAGCCCACUGAGUUGAACGCCUGACUGUCUGUAAACUGUAAGGCUGUUAUAAUGUCUGUUGGCCUGUGAUCCUCCGAUAAUAUAUAUUGCACAGUAUCAUCUCAGUUUAUCAAAGUAUACAGUAUGAAAAGUGUUCCGAUGGGCUCGAUGUUUAACAAGCCUGAGGCAAAGAUGAUGUUUUAGUUGAGUUUUACAACACCAAGGCUCACAAACAUGCGCUGAAUAGAAAUGAAUGAAAAAUGUAAAGCACUUGAAGCCAACGUAACAAUGGUCCUGUCUAAAGUAAAUGGCUGCUGACUGCGCCACAAAGGUC